AGAAAAUCUUUUCUCCCAACUCUCUGCUAUUACACACUGCAUCCCAGCUGGAGAGAAGGAAAGAACAGCAGCAGAGAUGGCAAAGACGGCUGCAGCGACGCCGGCCAGGAAGGCGCAUAUCAAGUUCUCGGAGCCAGAGACUCCGCUUACCGGGUACGUCACGGCGGAGGAGGAGCUCAGCGCGAGCGAGGACGAGGAUGAUGAUGAUGCUACGCCGAGGGCAGUUCCCCAGCCUAGUCUGCAGAACGACAGCGGCGACAGCGGCGACGACGACGAGGAUGAUGCACCUGAAGACGUCUCUUUCUCUGGUGGGAAAAGCUCUGCGCGGGCACAGUCGCGCGCCCGGCAACUUGAGCUCGAGACGAUGAAAUCACAGGAGCGCGCCAAGCGAGCUGCAAAGGCAGAGAAGAUCAAGGCGGAGAAAGAGAGCUCAAAGAAGAAACACAAGACAGUGAAGAAAGCGAGGUUAGAAGCUGCAGAAGACGAGGUGCCUGUUUUCCUCUCUCAGGCUUUACUGAAGCAGGUUACGACAGAGUUGGACGACGACGACGACAGAGAAGACGAUCAGAGUCAAAUGCGGACAAAUAAACGGAAAGUGUUUACAGACGAUCCAGAGAUUGAUGAAGUCGAGAAAGAAGACCGGAAGAUCAAACUGCUAAAGCCGAUAAAGGCGCGCGUCAUGGCUCCGCCUGCUGCUGCAAAGACAAUCAAGUCAAAGGAGAAGUGGUUGAAGCGGAAAACUGCUGCGGACGCGAAGCAGCAGCGACUCAUCAUGCGGGCAUAACGACGUUUUAUUAUAUCUAAUUAUUUAU